AUGGGCAGACAAGCCUACCUGAACCGGCUCGCUCUGGGCCGGUCCCCGUACGAUGCCCCCGACUACGGCGCGGUGGAUCCCUCGAGCACAGUGCGACGAGUCUCCAGCAUCCACGCCGAUGACUACAUGCAACAGUAUGACCACCGCGGCCACCCUGUCAACCCCGAGUCUAAAGUCCUCGGACGGGGCCUGCGGAGAGCUAAGAAUGACAUCCUCUCAACGAUGGGGAUCGUGGUGAGCGGUGAGGACCGGAACACCAGGGUCCCCAAUGAACAGCAGAAGAUCAACCAGAUCGCCACCGAGAAUGACUUUGGCUUGGUCAUAACCACCCUGGACCAGCUGUUCGUCUUCUUCGGCACCUGGUGGACUAAUUCGCUCACGGCUCGCAUUCUGACAUACCGACGCUAUACCCAUGCUGCCCUGCUGGAUGUCAUCCGCUCUGAACGUGGGUCUACAGGGAUUCUCGGUUUCUAUUUUGCCGGAAUCCCUGCCUGGGCAGUAUCCAGUGGUUUCACUAUUGCCCGUGAAACCCCAUUGAAGCGGACAUUUACUUCUGUCCGAGAUUAUCUCCUGGCGAAGACAGGCGAUGGCGGCCUCUCUCUCAUCGUCCGUUCGGUAUUCGGAGUUGCGUACACGGCGGCGAGGACAUCGGUUCUCAUGUUUUCCGUGGAAACCUACAUGUACUCUUUGCUCCAGUCACUCUCGCUCGUGGCACCAAGCUCUCUCCCCAGUCUUCGCUUCUUUAUCCCCUUUGGUGCCGAAUCCCUCAUUCAGCUGCCGCCACUCCCGACACAAUUCACCUUCCACUCCGUAAGCGCCUCGCUUACAGGCCUGUUAACCUCUCCUGGUGUUCUCGUUUUUUUAUAUGCAUAUUACCUGCGCCCGGAGCUCGAAGAGCGUAUUUACAGAUUGAUCCGUCGAAGGCUGCCAAAACCCACCCUCGCAGAUGAACUUUCGGUUCGUGUCGCUUUUGAAGAGAACCUCAUUGAGUGGGUGGUGCCUACACUUGGGCGGAGGUCGGAAGAGGAAACUCGGCGUGCCAAACUUACAUUCCUUGAGGAUGUCCAGUGCGAGCUGGCCGCUUUGCGGGGAUGGGUUUUCUCGUGGUUUGGUCUUCGAUCAAGACAAGCGCCAGAUCAGCAAGUCAUCGAACCGGCCAGGGAUGACAGGAUUGAAAGUCUUCGCAACUCCAUCGAGACCUUGCAAAAUGAGCUCGAGGGGGCACAGUCGCGCAAUCACACGACCGAGCGUGGACCGGAUGAGCUCCUGGAAAGGAAUUUAGCAGCCAUUCCUCCUUCUCACGUCGUCGACAUUACGCGACCAGACUUGCCGGAUGCUGCGCAAGCCUUGCAGUCCGACGUGGUCACCACCACAAUUGCCAUGAAUCAGGUGCUCACGAACGAGAACCGAAUGUCGCAGUCUCCGGGAGAGAUGAGUAGCGACUACUUUUCCGAAAUGGCCACUCUAGGACAGGCGAGCGCCCUCUCGACCUCUUCCAAUCCGAACGACCAGCCGACAGAUCAGGAUGUACAGCACGGCGAGGGAACAGCCAUGGACCGGCAGAAUUCGCGGUCAAACACCCUGUUCUCGCACCCAUCGUCCCCUGAGACAUCUCCGCCAACCUCGCCUCGUGUCCGGGCAUCACUGAUCCAUCAAAGCUCCGACAUCAUCACAAUGCAACUCGAGCUGCUGGGCAACCACAACCGCAACGCGCAAAACCAGACUCGGAACCAGGAUCACCUGGCUGUCCGGCCCAGCACUGAUGACCCUUCCCGGCCACCCUCGACGACCGUCGACCGCAGAUCGAUCGCCGAGUUCCUGGAUGCCUUGAUCUCGAGCCAGCAUCAUACAACGCUGAGUCCCCAGCACGCACCUCCGCAUCCCCUCCCAGACGCCGCGAUCACCGACCAUCCAGCUCUCGAAGCCACGGCCGACGCCCCCGUCUCCAGUAUCAACCCAAACAUCCUGCCCGACGGCGUGGAGGAGCCAAACGACGGCGAAGACGAAUCCCACACCCACCUAUCCCCAGCCCCAGGUCCGGACCUCCCCCAAAACCCAGACAUAGUAGAACUGGACACACUCAUGGGCCAACCACCACUCACCUCCGCCACAACACUCCCAUUCCCCUCACAAUCUUUUCUAAACCCAUCAACCCUCGCACACAGAGUAACGCUCCUCUCCGCACACCCAGUCGACUCGCUCGCCUCCCACCUCGCCGCAAUACUAAGCAUCAUCCUGCUCUCCCCGCUGGAAUCCCUCUCCCUUCGCUCCCUGGCACACUCCUACCUUGUCUCCGCGCACCGCUCUUCUUCGUCCGCCAUCCAGCUCGCGGAUCUCCAUCCGCUGGGCCUGUGGUUCGGCGCAAGCUCGUGGACCGAUGCUUUUGCCUAUACGGGGCGCCUCGUCCUUAUGCGUGGGAUGCAAGCUGCGCUCAGGGCGGGCGUGUGGGGAUUCCUUGUUGGUUCGACUAUGAGGAUCGGGAGGAAUUUUUGUGGGUGGGGGAAGUUGUGA